AUGGCUGCAAACGAAGACCGAACUCUCCUCCUCGAGGUCGACGAGCUCAGUGGAGCUCUGAACUAUGCAUCUGUGGAUAUACCGAGUGGUCAUCGGCACGAGGUUCCUGAGCGACCCCUGCGAAUUGCCCCACGUUUGCACGCCUUCAACAGUAGCAAACCUAGCAUUGAGAACAUCAUACAAGGUAACACCGCAGAAACAUCAUUCAUGCGCCAAAUAGAGACCAAAUUAGGGCAUUAUUUGGACACCAUCAGAAGUAUCGACCAAGAUGCAACCCUAGAGAAUGACUUGCGGGUGCGGGUAGUGGACGAAUACCGCGGAGACGGGUUUUCGCACAAGAAGCGUGCAAUUAGGAAAGCUUGCAGCACAGGGCACACCAACCCUGUGACCAUGGACAACAUCCCCAGUUACCUAGCUAAUCUAUGGGAUGGGAGUGCAUUUCUGCAAGUGAAAGAACAUGGGAUGCACGUAUACAUCUCAGAUUCAUCCAUCGAGAAAGCCUGCAAGAAUGCACUUUCGGUGCUUGUGGCGGAUGCCGUGCAUAGUAAAGCACCGCGAUGCGUCAAGAAAGGCUCCCAACUUUAUGUCAUCCAUGGAGUCUGUCGCGGCGGCUUUGAUGUGCCCUUCCUCUAUGCAAUCAUGGAGAAAAAAGAUAAACAAGCCUACGAGACAGUACUCACACAGCUAAAAACCCAUCUGCUUAGAUUCGGGGCUGAUCUCGACGGGUUGCAUAUAGUGGUCGACUACGAGAGAGCCGCCAUCGCCGCCAUUCGCACCAUUUUCGAAAGAAGCACACUUCAGGGCUGUUCCUUCCACCUUGCGUUGGCGUGGAACAGGCGGCGAAAUGCGUUCGGGCUGACGCGCUUCAUCUCUGGCGAAAAAGCCACAGCGGAAGUCGCUGAGUGGUGGAACCAUUAA